AUGGUGCGUUUCGACGAGCUUCCACAGGAUGUUGUUCAAGAAAUCUCCAAAAGGCUCACAUUCCUGCAAGAUUACAUAUAUCUCCGGGCGGCAUGUCGUCGUUUCUUCUCCUCCAUUCCCCCAACCCCUAAGCACCUGCCUCUGCAGCUACCAUGGCUUUUCUACCCUCCUCGCCAACAAAAUAGCAGAUUCUUCAACUUCUCUACCCACAAGUUUCAUCACCUCAGCUUCCCCAACACCUCCUGCCACCAGAGGGAAUGUGGGUCUUCAAAAGGCUUCGAUCCGUCAAGAACUGGGCAUGGGUUUGAGGUUGAGAGUAAUGAAAGAGUGGCUUAUUAUAGGAGUGGAGGAGAUUUUUCUUGGAGAUUCAUUGAUGAACUGUCAACUUCUUGCGUCGAUAUAAUGUAUGACAAUGAGAUUCUGUAUGCGGUCGAUGUCAUUGGUGAGAUCAUGGUCUGUAAUUUGAAGAGUGAUCCACGAACAAUUUCAAUUAUCGAAUUGCAGGAAAUACCAAGUGAGAUAUUUCUGCGUGAUGAAAUGUAUUUGGUGGGUUCAGCGGAUGACUUGUUCUUGGUUGUGCGGUAUUUAGACAGUCGUUAUUAUUCUGAUUGCCCCCUAUCACGCAGAACAAGAAGAUUUGAUGUUUUCAGGAUUGAUCGGAGCGAGCAGUUGGCACGGUGGAUUGCUGUCACGGAUGUGGGAGAGCGGGCUCUCUUUGUGGGACAAAAUGAAUUAAUGUGCUUCAAGGCAUCAGAAUAUAGGGGAUGUAUGGGAAAUUGUAUAUAUUUUCCCAGUAUUUCUGAUACAAUCCCAUUUAAUGGCCAUUUAGGAGAAUAUGAUGCGGCGAUCUACAAGUUAUCAGAUGGAGCGAUUGAGUCAUUACCUUCUUGUCCGCGCAAUAUGUGGCCUCCACCAAUCUGGGUUACACCGAAUCCAUACUAA